AUGGAAAAGUACACGGUGCCUAGUUGUAUCAAGAUGCACGCCAUUUUGCUGGAAAACGUGUUCAAAAACCACAACUGUUCGAUAAUGAACAAGGCGGGCACCAAAUUCCACCGUGUCGAUGGCCUCGCCAUCCACUGCCUCCUCUCUGGCGUAAAGUUCGCCGCCUCCCACACCGAGUCCUCCAACAAGAGUGUCGUUACGACCGACUUGAUCAAGAGCAUGUACUAUAUCCUCGCCACCUAA